CAGUCCCAUUCUAUUCAGACUUCGGAUGCAGGGAGAAUAGUUUUUCGCUUUUCGUUUGCAAAUGAAGUGCAUUACACAAAGUUUCCACGAUGUCGAAGGAAACGAUGAUAAUCUUUGUUUACGACCUAACUAAGAAGGUGGAAAACGAUGACCCCACUGGUUCGAUUAUUUACUUCCACCCGAUGUGGGUGUCGGAGUUGCAGAAAAAAUCGCUCUGUGGUCAAUUAAUGGGAUCAACCCAUUUCCUCGGCGAAACUCUGUCGAAAGUACGGUUCAUUUCAUUGCAAAAUGGUAAAUUUGCUUUACGCCCGCACGGUCGAUUUAUGUUGGCAGUGGGGUCGGACCGUAACAUUCCAGACUCCAUCCUGGAGUACCGAGCGAACUUACUAUCCUCGUUGAUCGAGCUGUAUCAUGGCGAUUUCAAUACACUCUACACUGUGUACGUUGAGAAGGAACAGAAGAAUGGUUUCAACGAAAAGGUGUUUUGCCUGAUGGAGUCCUGUUUGCCAUUGUUGCAGUUCAAUGGUAAUAUUUUCCAAAAUAUGCCCUCCCUACGACUGCCAAAGUGUGCAAGUAACGUCUAUCUCGAAACUAAUCAAAUUCUUCAGAGUUUCCUACAAAAUAAAGGAGUACUGGGUGGUUCCAUAUUUUACCACAACAAAGUGUUGGCUACACAGUUGCCAAUCAGUUUAACCAAACUGCUCGUAUAUUCCGAUCCGUAUCGGACGAAAAUAGCCGAAUCGAUAACCGUUGCAUUUCAUGUUCCGAACGGUGUCAGUCUGAUCAGUGCGUACAUCACCAAGCGAGAUUACACGCAGUUGGUUGAGGCGUCGCGAAACAUUCCAAUUUACUUCAACAACUGCACCAGCUCCGCGCCAAACACAGGCCCUGUACCGUUUGCCAUUAAGAAGAAAAUCAUCCCUUCAAAAGAGGGGCUCGGUAGUUCCGGGGGAUAUCCUAUGCUGAAGUCGGACAAAUCGAUCAUAUUCUCUCACAUUCCCGAGGAAGAAACGGUUGGUUCGGAGGCGGUAAGCGAGCAGACUCCGAAAAAGCCGUUCAGCGUUUCGCGACCAACAUUUUUGCCACUAAAGUUCAAAAAUUUAACCUCCCGCGACAUUAUCGACUCCGGCGUGAAUUCCAUCAACUUCGACGAAUCGGAUAGCUUUCCCAACUUUAUCGGAAAAACCAGUGUCUGUUCGACACCACUGACUGAGAACAAGAUUGUGCCAAACCGUAACAUGAUGUCGAUUUGCGUGACGCAAGAUGUGCCUGCCUCGGUGCAGCAGGGAGAGAAUCUUUCCGAUGCGAACGUAUCAGUGGAAGAACCGUCGAAGGAGACAGCCGACAGUAAUGGUUUGCUCCCGCAUUUGAACGCAGUGAAGUACACAAUAUUGAACAAUCCGUUCAUGACGUCGAAAAGUGUGCGAGCUGCAUCAAUGUUGAAUUUGGACCAAAGGCAGCGUGAUGAGACUGACGAUCAUUCCGCAUCCGACGAAACUAGUGCGGAUACGUUUAAAACAAAUCGCAAGGCUCAGUUACACCAGAUGUUAUGUAAAGACUAUGAUGCUCGUAAGACAAUUGCCGACCCACUGUAUCCGCUGGUAGAUCAGCGUAAACGGGCAAUGUCGUUCAGUUUGUUCCAGGAUUUUGAACGACUCCGCAAUGAACAUUUUGCCGAGAUGGUUGAAAAAGAGCAAGAGAAGAAAGAGUCGAAGGAUAAGGCGAACAAAACGAUCGAAUCUCGGCCACCUUCGGGAGCAGCUAACGGAGUUGGUGGAGAGAUUCGAAAAAGCGAAUCAUUUGUGCCAGAACUACCGGGUACCGUUAAAUCCACCGCCACAACUCCAAAAGAUCGGCGAAGCCUCAGCCUCCCGAUAAAAUCGUUCAAUCUGAACGACGAUCAACAUCCGCAGCGUGCGGGAAACAGUUCUACAAGCGGAGGCCCGGAACUGUUCUCACGGCGCAAAAGCGCCCUCGAGCUGACGCCACUCAUGACGAAACUUACCGUGCUGGCUAUGAACGAUCCGGAGUCGAGCGGUGUAUCGAGCUGGGAUACCACGCCAGGAUGCAGCUACAACAUGGCCAUGUCACCGCAAGAAUACAUUCCACAGCGUCGAAAAUCGCAGGACAUAUCACAGGGUGCCGGUUUGCAGGCAAACGGUAGCGAUGACGACAAGGCCCUAGUCAAAGUGGAACUUUUCGUCUGCGUUCAGCAGAACAUGACGCUCGUUCUGGUAAUGCAGGAAAGAAACAGCAAAAAUCAACGACUUGUGCAGGCACUGUUUGAAUCCUGUGUGUCGAAGUUCCUUAGGAUUGAAAAUGACAUUCAGCUGGCUAUGAAUAUCAACGUAGAUGGCUAUGACAAAGCGGAAGGCUACAGUCUGGUUGCCCUCGAUGCCAACUGGGAUGUGGCGAAGAAAAGUGGCCCCUGGAGUGCCCAGGAGUUGCAAACCACGGAGUCACUGCACACGUACUUCCGGAAAAGCAACCUGGUCACGGAGGUUACCCUGAAAUCUCAGGAGUCCGUUCUGUAUGGCUACCAGUGCGGCAUGCGUGAACUAUUUUACUCUCAGAUGGCUAAUGCGCAGGGUGGUCUGCCACCACCGCAGGACGUGAUGGGGGCGGUCCCGUUGUGUGCCAAACGACGCAUCGAGCGUGAUCAUUUUGCGUUACUGCUUUAAUGGACUAUGCAAGGAUAAUUUUAACCGAUCGCGCCAUAGCGUACCGAAAGAUAACGCCAACCUUGCUGCGCAUCACCGUCAUCAAUAUUCGUACCAGUGACAACACAUUUUCCCGCGUACCGAAUUACGUGUUCUUCUCCGUACGGGGCCAAAUUUUAAAUAAUUGUCUAACCUUACUCUUAUUACUCUAAUCACCGGAACCCAAAGGCAGCCGAUUCCUUAGCAUUCAAUUUCUUCUGUGUUACUCGUUCAGGAACGCAAGUAAUAAUGAAAAUAAAUGUUUAUGUAAAGGC